UUAAAAAAAUAAAAUUCCCACAAUUCUUUGUAAAAUUAAACUUCCUGUAUUAAUCAACAUGGCUGCAAAUGUGUCUGUAAAAACUUCAAGAGACAGAAAACUAAAUUUCACAGCAGUUGAGAGCAAUUUAAUAAGUGAGCUGGCUACAACACAUCUAGAAUUACUCCAGGGGAAGCAUUCCCCAGAGGUUACCAAUGCCAAAAAACAGGAAAUGUGGAAGGACAUUACAUCCAAGGUGAAUGCAUUGGGGGUGUGUCUCAGGACAGAGACAGAGGUUCGAAACCGCUGGAGAAACCUGACCCGUGGGGCCAAGCAAAAGUUUACAACAGUACAGAAGGAAAGAGCACAAACUGGUGGUGGUCCUCCUCCCACCCAGCCUUCCCAAGCAGAGGAGAACAUUAUUAAUUGCAUGAAAGACACUGCCUCUUUCCGUGGGGUUCCCGGUGGUCAGGAAACUGUAAUUGAGGGACCAGAAGACCAAUUACAACACACAUCACAGUCCAGUGUGGAUGUGCAAUCCAGUACCGUGAAUGAGGAGAUGGAGGAAGUAUGGAGAAAUCGCCUGGACUUUCAUUUUAAUGCCAUCAGUGAUGCCUCAAUUCCUGCAGCAGCCCCAGUGACAGUUGUUCACGAGAUGGUACAGAACAGGACUGACCUGACUGUUAGAUCUGAUGAACAGGAGCCACCACAAAAGAAACCCAAGAAGAAGACGGCUGAUGAUGUAUACAGUCUGCAGUGUCAAGUUUUGGAGAGAAAACUGAUUAAAACCAACCUCCAAAUUCAGUUAUAUGAAAGACUUCACAGCAAGCUUGAUGACAAUCUUACUACAGGGUUGCUGUCUUUCUUGGAGCAGUAGAAUAUAAAGAUUCUAUUUCUA